AUGGUUCAACAAUUUUUUGCUCCACAGGAUGUAGGGGCUAUAUUAAGCAUACCUUUAAGUUCUAGACUGCCUAGUGACCGUUUGGUGUGGGCUUACAUGCCCAAGGCCUACGGACUGUUCACAGUCAAGAGUGCCUAUAAACUCACAAUGUCAUUAGCUGAUAUGCUACAGCUAGCCAGGCAUGUUCUUGACUCUUCUAUUUGUGAAGCCUGUGGAGAUGCAAUAGAGACCAGUGGCCAUGUUUUUUGGGUAUGUGUUGUAGCCCGCGAAGUUUGGGAUUUGUCUGGUUUUUGCUUUGACAAGGUUGGUGAUGGGGUUCAUGAAUUCCGGCAAUUUCAAGAUUUCUUGUGGUACCUUAAGUUCGGACAGCAGGUAGAUGAGGAGCUACUAGGGUUGGUUUGUACAGUUGCUUGGUGCUUGUGGACCACUAGGAAUGAGCCACCGAUGGAUCUAUGGUUCAAAGUUAAUGUUGAUGGUGUGACCUUUGCUCAAUCUCAGACAGUGGGAAUUGGUGUUCUUGUUCGUGACUUUGCUGGGAGAGUGGCGGCCACCCUAAGUAAAUGCCUACCUGUACCUUUGGGACCACUUGAGACCGAAGCUAAGGCCAUGGAGGAGGGGUCUACUGGACCUCUAGUUGUUAUUACCAACAUCAUUGAAGGAAUUCAUGUGAAGUUGUAUGAAUUCAGAAGGAUUUAA